UCAAAUCUCGCUCAUUGCUUAACACAAUGACACACACACACACACACACACAAGUCCAUGUCGACGAGGGGAGCUGCACAAAGAGCCAAAGACAUUAGCGAUUGGUGCUCAGCCUGAAAAAGGUGCCAAUACGUAUUUUCUUUUGUUCGAGGGGAACGGAACAGAUUGGAGCUUGAUUUCACAAUGCUUGAAAUGAAUGACAGUGGUCCAAGCACGUCUGCCUGCCUGCCUGCCUGCCUGCCUGCCUGCCUGCCUGCCUGCCUGCCUGCCUGCCUGCCUGCCUGCCUGCCUGCCUGCCUGCCUGCCUGCCUGCCUGCCUGCCUGCCAUGCAUUAACUGCACCACAGGCAGCAGUACACUUAGGUACUGUCCCCUGGGAGCAGCACUCUUGGAUUGCCAGGAUGUGUGUGUGGGGGGGGGCAUACACUGAGAAGAGCCAGAGCACAUUCGCAGGAGCAUCAAGGCAAGACGGGCACUCCCCCCGACGCCAACUGUCAGAGCUCUGCAUCAGCGCAAGAAGAAGAAGAAGAAGAGGAGCAAAAUGAGAUCCACGCUAGACAAGCAAGCAAGGGGCCCCGCCGGCAGUGAGCUGAAGGCGUGCAGCGACUACUUUUGGAAGCUCCUUCCUCACGUCAUGCUCUGGCUGUCUCUGGUCCUUUACGCAGCGCUGGGCGCGCUUUUGUUCCAAUACGUUGAAGGGAGAGCACCUGCGGCCAAGCAGGAAUACCAUGGCUUCUUGGGCCGCGUGAUCCGCCACGUCCAGAAUCUCACCGGGAACACAUCCUACACUCAGCAAAACAUAGUGGAGGAAGUGGAGCAUCAAAUGAACCAUGGUUUUCAGACCGUGUGGCUCCAACAACCCGAGAGCUGGACCUUCUUUGGCUCCAUGUUCUUUGUGUGCACAGUCUUCACGACGGUCGGCUACGGGGCCAUGUAUCCAGUGACCCUCCCCGGUAAGGUGCUGUGCGUCUUGUACGCUAUGGUGGGCAUUCCGCUCAUGCUCUUAGUCAUGCUGGAUAUUGGAGACUUCCUUGCUACGCUGCUCACCAGAGCCUACAUCCAUUUUCACGCCCUGACCAAAGUCCUGCGCUCGCACCGCUGCUUCCGGCUGAAGGCUCCCAAAAAAGCAAGGGAGUCCAACCAUCGGACCUUGGAAGACGGCACGGCCGUUUUGGGCCACGACCUUGCGCUGGGCCGACGAGCCGGCAUCCGCAAAGUGUCGCAAAGGCAAGUGAACGUGAAGUCCGGUUCCCUGCGGUUGCAAAAAAACCGAGAAAUCUUUGACAAGAUUGUCGCCAAAGAGAAUCUCCUGCGGCAGCGGGGGGGGCCCCUGCUCAGGAGCGCGUCCUGCCCGCAAUUGAAUCAAAUGGCGCCAUUACCCAAAGGAUUUGCCAUUUGGGACUUUGCGGGAAUAGGAGACACGAUGGAAACGCUGGACGUGCCGUUUGCGCUGAUUCUUUUCAUCGUGUUUGCUUGCAUCUUUCUGGGCGGUUUGAUUCUGCCGCUGUGGGAGAAGCAAAUGAAGGGCUUUGACCCUUACUACUUUUGUUUCGUCACAAUCACCACCAUCGGUUUUGGAGACAUUGUGCCUCAUCAUCCCAAGUUUUUCAUGCUCACCUCCCUUUUCAUUAUUUCCGGCAUGGCCAUCAUGUCCAUGGCCUUCAAGCUGAGUCAGACGCGCCUCGUCAAGUGCUACCGUCGCUGCGUCGAGAUCGUGACCGUCGGAAACAGUGAAUCCAAGAAGUCGAAUUUGCCUCAUCUGGUAUUUGACAAGAAAGAAGGUGGCGGAAUGAAUCUAUAGUGCUCGUUGCAUCUCGUCUCGUCAUUCCAAAAGUACUUUUUUGCACAAGUCGCUAUGGAGGAUUUUUCAAUGUUUACAUCCAUCCUUCCGUAGCUCAGAGUCGAAGGGUUUUGGAGCUGUCACUCCC